GGUAACUUCCUCCGCGGGCGCGCAGGGAUGCUUUGUGAAUUGGCGCCGGAGCGGGAGGAAGGGGACAGAUGGGAGAGGCCACGCCGAGGAGGCGCGAGGAAGGUUGAUCCCAAAGGCUGAGAGUCGUUGAUCACCUCUUUCCUGUUGACAUACCAGAGGACACCCACACCAUGUCAUCUGACCAGACUUCUCAGUCCACUGUGCCACCUCUCCACUCUCCAAAGUCACCUGUGUGGCCAAUUUUCCCUUUUAACAGAGAGGGAAGCCGGAUCUGUGAGAGAGGUGCCCACCUUCUUCGGGACUUACCCAGCCCACUUCCCACAAAAAGAACCAGGACAUACUCUGCGACGGCUCGUGCUUCCGCUGGUCCUGUCUACAAGGGUGUAUGUAAGCAGUUUUCACGCUCCCAAGGCCACGGCUUCAUCACCCCAGAGAGUGGCACAGAAGACAUAUUUGUACAUGUGUCUGACAUCGAGGGGGAAUAUGUUCCAGUAGAAGGAGAUGUCACAUACAAAAUCUGCCCCAUCCCACCAAAGAACCAGAAGUUCCAGGCUGUGGAGGUGGUGCUUACCCAUUUAGCUCCACACACAAAGCAUGAAACGUGGUCUGGCCAAAUCAUUGGAUCGUAAACUUCUUUUUGAGCCUGCAGGACAACCCCACCAAGGAGGUGGGGUUGAAUGGUGUGGUGGGUGGUGGAACUGCUGGAGCAAUGGCAGAGAGCCCAGGCUGGCAAUUCUUGUUUGCAGUGUGACAUGUUGGCAUUUAUGUUGUCUUUUCUAAGAUUUACCUUUUGGUUUGUAGCUGUGCUUUUUCCCCCCCAAUGGCAAGCAGGAAGUGGAAAAGGGUUGCUGGGUGGAUUUUCUCCUAUGUCUCGUGAGCUCAUAAUUGUACCAGAAAUAGACAAACGAAGAGCUCUCGAGGUUUUUUUGGGUGUGUCUUUAUCCAGAAAGGCAGACUUUUAUUUGUCUUGCUGCUACCCUAAAUGCAUUAACAAAAGUCUUAUGUAUUGUCCUGCUCCGUUUAACAAAUGAUCCCAUUGCUUUUUCAACGGGCUGGUCCAGGCACUCCACCCAGGGGAGUUGGCAUUAAGCUGUCUUGUUCUUCUCAGUCAGAGUAGGUAUUAAGAGAUGCAGUGAUAUUUUGUAGGGGGGGGACAAUUGUACAUUGCCUGAAGACAGUGUCUCCCAGAGCCCCACACAGAUUGUGCCAUCUUCAGAGACACUUGUAGGUAUGUGCUUUUUGUCCCAUCUUGUCCCCGUCCCCAGCCACCUUGCCCUGUGUAAGGGAGGGACCACAUGACUUGCACUCCUCUCCCUAAGUCCACUGAUGUCACUGUUGUUGUCUGUUGAGAUCAGUGGUUUGGCUACCACAGCUAGGCAAACUGUGGCAACUGGAUUACUGGUUUGGUGACAGAUGCUGCUUCUCCCCCACCCCCCAACACCCCCACCCCUGCACACAUAAUUGCACAUUGGAUGUCUAGUAUCUCAAGGAUGUUGUGUAGAGGGCAAGUAGAAUGCAUCACUGAAGAGCAGUUUCUGAAAACUAUCAAGAUCCAUGAAGCCCCUCUCUUGAGUGGUAUUCACAACUGAAUUUGUCAGAUCUUUCUCAUAUGGCAUAAAUAAGUUACUUUUCUUACUCAGUCCCCUGACUGAACCAGGAGACAAGAAUUCAGGGGUUGGGGAUUUGCGGUUAACUGGGCACUGGACAUGAUCAUUAAGGUGAACUUGCGAUCAUAAGCUGUCUUGGAAAUGUCAGAUCCUGUGCUGCUUCUAUCUGUCCAAGGCAUGAUGUGAGUUACUUUGUGGCAGAAGCGCUGAGUAUUAAAUUCUUUGGUAUUAUGCGGCAGUUUAGGUACUUAAUCCUUCAGUUAAAUGAUGAAUACACAAUAUUGUGAAAACUGCUGGUCUGUUCUCCGUGCCAUUGAUACAGGUUUACUUCAAAAGCAGAUCAUUCUGAAUGCUAUGUUGCAAGGAGUCUUGAUUCAUUUAAAUUCCUGUUGAAAUAGUCCUCCCUUUGGCAGAUUAUUUCCAGUGGCUUUUUAUAAGAACAGACAUCAGGAGAGGGGGAGCCAGGAAAGAGAAUAUAUAUAU